CUCCUAGGAGAAAACUGGGAUCACAAAACACGGUGUAGGUCUUCCAGGGGGAAAGGCAAACACUGGCCUGACCCCGGGCUUCAGGAAUCCUCUGACCACAGGAAGGAAGCUUAUUAACCCCUCUCCUCUGCACGCUCCUUCCACUCCCCCCUUUCCCUGGUGAGGACCGGCUCCUCCUCCCGGUCUUGCGACCCCGGUGCAAAAUGCAAACAACCGCCCGCCUCCCCACCCUGCGCUCACUUUCCCAGAGGAGGAAGAGGGAAGAGGGGAGGGCGCAGGCCCGAGGCUAGAGGAGCGAGCCUGUCAGUCGGGCGUGAAGGUCCGGACAAGAGGACCAGGACCGGGGAGCUUAGUUCUGGUCGGCUACCGCAGGCUCACCCUCUUCUCUGCUGAAUUUGCACUCAGUACCCCACACUCCUAGCCUGACCCCCGACCCCCUUCAAGUCUCACAACAUCCCGAGCCCUAGCGCCUCACGCAGGUGGUGCAAACGCCCCAGCUCUCCGGCACCCCCUGCCGGGAAGAAGGACCCCGGCUGCCGCGGCUGCGGAGGAGCGGCGCGCAGAGCUAGGAGAGCGCUCAGGCGCCUGGGAGAAGCCCGGAGCUUCCCUGAUGGUGCCGCCGCCUCCUCCAAGCCGGGGAGGAGCGGCUAGGGGGCAGCUGGGCAAGAGCCUGGGGCCACUGCUGCUGCUCCUAGCGCUGGGACACACGUGGACCUACCGAGAAGAGUCCGAGGACGGCGACAGAGAAAUCUGCUCAGAAAACAAAAUCGCAAUUACCAAAUACCCGUGUCUUAAGCCCUCUGGCGAGCUCACCACGUGCUUCAGGAAAAAGUGCUGCAAAGGGUAUAAAUUUGUUCUUGGACAAUGUAUCCCAGAAGAUUAUGAUGUCUGUGCCGAGGCCCCCUGUGAACAGCAGUGCACGGACAACUUCGGCCGCGUGUUGUGUACUUGUUAUCCAGGAUACCGGUAUGACCGGGAGAGACACCGGAAGCGAGAGAAGCCGUACUGCCUGGACAUUGACGAGUGCGCCUCCAGCAACCAGACGCUGUGCGCGCACAUCUGUGUCAACACCGCCGGCAGCUACCGCUGCGAGUGCCGGGAAGGCUACGUGCGGGAGGACGACGGGAGGACCUGCACCCCGGGGGACAAAUACCCCAACGACACCGGGCAUGAGGAGAAGUCUGAGAAUGCAGUGAAAGCAGGAACUUGCUGUGCCACAUGCAAGGAAUUCCACCAGAUGAAGCAGACGGUGCUGCAACUGAAGCAGAAGAUUGCCCUGCUCCCCAACAAUGCUGUUGAUCUGGGCAAGUACAUCACUGGCGGCAAGGUGCUGGCCUCAAAUGCCUACCUUCCUGGACCGCCUGGCCUACCAGGGGGCCAGGGCCCUCCUGGCUCACCAGGACCAAAAGGCAGCCCAGGCUUCCCCGGUAUGCCAGGCCCUCCCGGGCAGCCUGGCCCACGGGGCUCAAUGGGACCUAUGGGACCAUCUCCAGAUCUGUCCCACAUUAAGCAAGGCCGGAGGGGCCCUGUGGGUCCCCCAGGUGCUCCAGGAAGAGAUGGUUCUAAGGGGGAGAGAGGAGCACCUGGGCCCAGAGGGUCUCCGGGACCCCCUGGUUCUUUCGACUUCCUGCUACUGAUGCUGGCGGACAUCCGCAAUGACAUCACAGAGCUACAGGAAAAGGUGUUCGGACACCGGACUCACUCUUCAGCAGAGGAGUUUCCAUUACCUCAGGAAUUUUCCAGCUAUCCAGAACCCAUGGACGUAGGCUCUGGAGAUGACUACCCAAGAAGAACUGAGAUUACAGACUUACGAGCCCCCAGAGACAUGUAUCCAUAGCAUAUCCCAGCAGAUUUAUGCCAAAGGAAGAGAAACGAUGAAUGUUUUCACCUGCAUUCAGUCAUCUAAAGAAAAAUCACAGCACUGGA